AUCUGCUCCAUUCCGCAUUACUGCUCCCGAGUCGAGCGCGGAGUCAAAAACUCGCCGCUGUGCUUCUAGGAAGUGAGCGAGAAGGCUACCAUGGACGCCGUGGCUCAGUGGAGGAAUCAGUGGUUUGACUACACUCAGUAUCUGCGCCGAGAGGGAUUCUUGGACGAUCAGUUUGCACAACUAAAGAAGCUGCAGGAUGAAAACAGCCCGGAUUUUGUAGUUGAAGUUGUUUCUCUUUUCUUUCAAGAUUCCGAGAAGCUUUUCAACAAUAUGGCCAGGGCUCUAGAACAGAACGUUGUAAAUUUCAAACAGGUAGAUGCCUAUGUCCAUCAAUUCAAGGGUAGCAGUGCCUGGAUAGGUGCAUUCAGACUUAAAAAUGUAUGCAUCAACUUCAGAAAUUUUUGUGAGGCUCAGAACCUUGAAGGGUGUUUGAGAUGUUUGCAACAACUGCAGCAAGAGAGCACUGCACUGAAGAACAAGCUUGAAAAUUUAUUUAGGUUGGAGCAACAGAUCGUGGCUGCUGGCGGGUCAAUUCCGAUGAUGGAAUAAAUGCUACGACUGCUAUAUAAUUUGUCAAGAAAUAUGGAUAUCAGAGUUUCCGAAGUCCUUUAGCGAGUUCGAUUUUACUCUGAUGUAGUGAAAUUUUCCUAUAUUCCACCUGCAUCUUCGUGUAACGAUGUAGUAGCUUAAUAACUUUCUUGGAGGUGUGUAAUGUAAGGCUCUAUUUCCCUAAACCCUUCAUCCAACUGAUUAUUUAUCUUGUUAAUUUGUCAGCGAGGAAGCUUUUAUCA